AUGCCUCGGUCCAAGAUAAAAGCAAAAGGCAGAAAGUGCAGAGCCACGGACUCCAGCUUCCAAGGUAGUAUCAGCAGCGCUGGCGUAGAAGACCUGCCGGUUCACACUAACGCCACCGAAGCUACAGGCAGAAACCAUCUCACCCUACAAGAAGAAGCACGCAACACAGAGGGCCGCAACUCAAGGCGAACCAAUGUUUCUCUUCGCUACCAAGCCGUACUGUUCGUCAGCGCAGGAAGCAUACAACCUGACGAAGACCCGAACACGCGGUCUCCGGAACUCCCAGAUGAAACUCAGGGCCUGCAAGCAAAAAAGCCAUGUGAGGCAGCUACAACCCCAAGCUCAUCACUGGAAAUCCAACAUUGCCGAAGUCAUACAGGAUCAUCAGACGAAGACGUUGCAACGACAGCCAAGUCGGCCAUGACAGACUGUGAUCCGUGCCUACUCAACCCUGAAGAUUCCAGCGAAGAUGAGGUAGUAUUUCCAGGGCGCCAGAAUCAGUCCAACCAGUGGUAUACCCUCGAAAAUGGAGGGUCAUCCCACACCGCGCCCACUUCCGCAGACACGGACAGGCCCAUCAAGGAAACGCGGACCAACUGUUUGCUUGAUGUGCGCCUGGGGAAAAGGUCGUCGAUACAACUUGGCAUGGUGGCCGGGGGUUUGCCGGUCGAACAGGGAUUGGGUGAUUGCUCAGAUUACAUUGAUAUCAGGUCCAACAGGGCGGAAUCCAAGAAGAAGACGACGAAGCAUUACAUAUCCGAAGAGGAGGCUAUACUAGCUGACUAUAUCGCCAACAUGGAUGAUGAGUAUGUGAUGCUGCACGAUAGACAAACUAAGAUGACAUCUCGCGAGGUGGAUUGCAUUAUACAGACGCGUGAUUUUUCACCUUCCAGCAUUAGGAGUGCCGGACUUGCCGACGAGGAGAAAGUAUCCCAUGAUGAGAUCGUCCGCCAGCGGUCCUCGCAGGAGGGCAUUGACAUAGCAGAAUGUAUGCAAAACUCGUCAACUAUCGGAGAUACGAACGGACUCGAUCGGGAAGGCGUUCAAUUGAUUACCACGCCGAUCGACACGGCUGCCGAGAACGCCGAUGAGAGAACGGAAAGAGCGGUCCCAUCGGACGCUUCCUCUGACCUAGGUACCACCGACAGCAGAGAGUGGGAGACCGGCGAUUAUCAUUCACAUACAGAAAGAAGGCUAAAUGAAGAAGAAAGCUUGAUUGCAUCGGCUACUGCGUUUGCCGACGCGCUAGAUCUCGAUCCCUACUAUGGUUUUGAUAUUAUGGAUUUUAACCGGCCAAGCUUGAAGAAGAAAGCAAAGGGGAAGGGGCACGCCUUUGAUGCAGCUGUAUUCGAAAGUGACUUGGAGGCGGAACUUCUCAGCGCAUGGCAAACCGAUCGAGCCAAAAAGAGGUUGAGAAAGCAGCAAAGAGAGAAACUUCGCUCAGAAGGCUUGCUUGGCCGACGAAGCGGCGAACCAGAUCUCAGAGUCAAGUACGCGAAAGGAAUGGACAUGGUUGAACUGAAGACGGAAAUUCGACUUUUUCUGCUAUCCACAAAAAAGAGCCUGGUUCUCCCUCCUAUGGCGAAGCAACAACGAAAAUUGGUGCAUGAAUUGGCAAAUUCAAUGGAUCUGAAUUCUAAAUCACGUGGCAAAGGAUCGAGCCGCUUCCCAAUCUUAAAUAAGACAUCCCGAACUCCUGGUUUCACUCAGCAGAACAUUCCUCAAUUGGACCGCAUGCUAUCUAAGGGUGGGUUUGUCCAGCGAGACUUUAGGUCCGGGGGGCACCAGGCGAUAAGAUCAGCCAAGUCUCGACGCGGACGCCCCGACGCAUCGGCAUCAUAUAUGGAUGGUGAAGUCGUUGGUGCUUCUGCGCCAGAGAUCGGCGCAGGAAACAGAGGAAGAGCCAUGCUUGAAAAAAUGGGUUGGAGCAUCGGCACCCCCCUGGGUGCUAGUAACAACAAGGGUAUCCUACAGCCGGUUGUGCAUGUCGUCAAGAACUCUAGAACCGGCCUUGGCUAGACUGAUAUGUACUGUACACAGAUGGCUGGACGAGCUUUGCUUCUCAAGCCGGUUGCCUAUGACCCAGGUUGUAUAAAAUCUGUUUUUGUACUGUAGUUCAUAAUGG